AUGAAGUACUCAAUCAUCUUUGCUAUCGGCUCCGCAGCGCUGGCUGUAGCGGCUCCCGUCACUGUUGACAUCAACAGUCGUGAUACAACUGUCGUUACUGGCGGUGCUGGCAUCGGAUUCGAAGGCAGCGGCCGCGGUGGCAACGUCGCUAAUGGUGGCGAUGGCGGUAACAGCCGCAAAGGUGAUGGCG